GAACCCACCCCUAAUCAAAGUGUGCAGGCAACAAAACAAAAGACCUGAAAGCAACUACGGUGUUGGUGCGUCGCAGGGAGGAAAAACGGGACACGCAAACGGGCCCCAAACACCUGUCAAAAAAGACGGGACAGCGCAAUCUGCGAAGGCACAAUCCGCCAACGACGACGAUAACGGCAAACAAUAACAACAACAGCACAACUAACAACAACAAGCAGCAGCAGCAGCCACUUCCAGUUUGCAACCCUCGCGGGGUGUUGUUUUGUGCGAACGUGAAAGAGACAAAGAGGCAGAAAGAAGAAAAGUGAAAUCCCAUCCAUUCCUACCCCCACCGACCCACCCGCCCAAGUUGAAAAGAGAAAGUAUCUGGCGCUAGUGGGUGUCUGUGCGUGUGUACGUGCGUGUGCGGCCAGUGGGAAGUCUUCCUUUGGCCAUCGCCGUAUCGUGCGUGUUUCCGAGACGGAAUUCUUCUCCACCAUCGCACUGCCACAGUUGCAGACAAUCCCGCGCAGCUGACCUUCCGCCCCUUUCGGUUGGCCGUCCUCACUCGCAGCUGAGAGGUCUAAGGGCGCAGGGUGGCACCGCUUUGCAGACAGUGGUGGGAAUCGGCCAGAACGUCGCAGAACGGAACGAUAGCUGUGUGGUAUCAGGAAGAAAGGAAGGGAGAGGAAGAAGCUGGUGUAAAAAUGGUUGGUGCAAGCGGUGAAAAGUGAAACGCUCUCUGCACAAGGGAGGGAGUAUGCAGCCGAGAAUAUAGUAAGUGCAGGGUCACAUUUCGUCACCAGCGGAAAAAAUAACCAUCCUCACCACGCAGUUUCGAAAUAAUGCUUCACUAAAUCGCUCUUCUUACGUGACACACAAAUCCGUCGUAUUCGGGCGCUCGAAAGUGUGUGUGUGUGCGUGUGUGGCUGUGUUACUUUAUUUUUCUUUCGCUUAUUUUGUGCGUCGCGCGUAACCCCUCUGUGUGAGUGUGUGGCCACAAGGCAAGGAAAAUAAUAAAUAAAUACGCAAACGUAACGACGACCGCGCGCGCGUCUCAGCGCCGCCCCGUUGGAUGGUGGUGGUGGUGGUGCCAUACCGCGCUUACAGCCAGUGGUCGUUCACAUUUGCGAUAGGCCAGCACACCAGUAAGUGCGACCAGAUAAGCGUGUGCAACCCGCUGCUAGGGGCGAGGAGAAGAGGAGAGCAGCUCAUCGUGAAACGCGUGAAACCGGAAUCGGCCUUGCUGGCAUGUGUUAGCGCUCGCAACGCUCCUCCGAACCGGGUGUUUGCCGCGGAUUGCACGGGUCGACGGAAAAUGUGUGACCGCUUCCGGUGCGGUAACAGUGGGUAGUAGUGCGUGGUGACGUUGUGUGGUUUGCGGCCGUUUGUGCCACCGUUUGUUUGCUCAUCCUCGGCGAGAGUGAAAAGAUCACACCGGGAUCGCAUCGGGAUCGUUUCGGCUGCGGACAACGACAACGGUAACGGGCGGGAUAAGCUGGGUGAACUAUAUCUGGGUCAUCUGGUCGGGGUACUGUUCGCGCUACUGGUCAACUUGGAGGAGGCGGCCCGCUUCUGGUCGAAGAUACGGAGAAAAAUGGAUGGCACCAGUGGAGGAGGAGGAGGAGGAGGAGGAGGAGGAGGGGGAGGAGGUGGCGGCGGCACGGGUAGCAGUGGUCCCGCGAGCUCCUCGGCCCCCGCCUGCCUGAUGGUAACCGACGACGUAGCCAGCUAUCUCGGCACCCCCACCACCGCCUACCCGCACUACUCCUCGUCGCGGCACACGCCGGGCAGCCGGACGCCCGCCGGAACUUCCCCGGCCGGUAGCGCGCUGAUGAAUGGCAUCACCUCGGCCGGACGGUGGGAACCUUGCGGGGCGGCUGCGCCCAGCAUGGUGCCGCGCAAGAAAAGCUGGUCCGAGCUGAAGUGCAUCGUGAACGAGACGCGCCGCCAGAUGGCCACCACGAUGGCGGCCUCCUUUCCGAUGAGCGUGAACUUUCGCACCCUGUCCGAUGGGCGGACGCGCGUCUACUUUCUCAGCCCACCGCCCGCCAACGGCUGGGACACGAUACUGUUCUACGCGGACGUACCGCCGGCGGGAGAGAAACGCAGCAAACUGCUGCCGGCGCUGGACGCGAACGAGGAGCUGGAGCCGGACGGGGACAGUGAUGGUAUCGAUGAGGAUGAGGAUGCGGAGGGGGAGCGACGGUCGGGAGCGGGCCGGAAACGACACCUUCCGUGGCACCAGCUGCUGGAGUCGGUACUGGGCCACCUGUCGACGAGCAACUCGCGCGAGGUGCAGCUAAUGCUCGAGCGCAAACGGCUCUCGAUCUGGGGCAUCACGUCGUACGAGCUGCACAAGGCGAGCGGCAAAAUUGUGUUCCCCGCCUGCAACACACUCUACCAGUGUUUGGACACGGGGUACGAGGAAAACCCGCUCUUCCCGUCGGAGCUACGGAUCUUGCAGCGGGCGGCAGCGAUCGAUCCGCAGAUCUGUCCCCAAAACUCGGACCUGGUGGCGUUCGUGUGCAACGGCGACAUCUGGGUGGUGCACACGCACAGUGGCCAUAGCGAGCGGCUGACGUACGCGCACGACGGGCGCCGUUCGUUUGCCGAGGAUCCGCUGACGGCGGGCGUACCGUCGUACGUGAUGCAGGAAGAGUUCAGCCGCUACCAGGGCUUUUGGUGGCAGCCGGAAAGUCACGACGAAGUCUACCGCAUCGUGUACGAGGAGGUGGACGAAAGUGACGUCAGCCUGUACACCUUUCCCUCGUCGCAGUCGGCCGGGCGGGACUACGAGGAGUAUCGGUUCCCGCGUGCCGGCACACCGAACGCCAAGUCCAAGCUGAAGCUGGUCCAGUUCCGGCUGUCGGAGAACCUGCGCAUCACGGACGUGUGCAUCAAGGAGCUGCAGUGCCCGCUAACGUUCGCCUUCCCUUGGCUGGAGUAUAUUGUGCGCGUCGGCUGGACACCGGAUUCGCGAUACGUUUGGGCCCAGCUGCUCGAUCGGCCCCAGCAGCGGCUCGAGCUCGUCCUGCUGCCGGUGGACAAUUUCUGCGAAAUCUACAGCAGCUCGUCGUCGUCGCCCAACUGCGGGACGGCCGCCACCGGGGGCAAUGGGGCCGGGUCGCAGGGCGCAGCAUCGUACGGAUCGUCCCCUGGACAGCAGCAGCCGCAACACCAACACCACCACCACCACCAUCACCACGGGCAGCAGCAGCAGCAGCACCAUUCGCAUCCGCCGCGAAAGUCGUCCUCCGGGUGGCGCUCACCACUGGACAAAUCGACGACGCGCCCGCUGCAGGUGAUCUACACGGAAACGUCCAGCAGCUGGGUGAACGUGCACGAUGUGCUGCAGUUUGUCGAGCUGUCCGAGCAGGAGGUAACGUUCCUGUGGGCCUCGGAGGAGUCGGGCUUCCGCCAUCUGUACUUGGUCACAUCUAGUCUCAGCCCGAACGGUUGCAGCAGCAGCAGCAGCAGCAGCAAUAGCAAUAACCAUCACAGCACAAACUCCCAUCCAACGGCACAUCCAAAGCAGCAGCGGGAGGGGGCACACGGGACGGAGGUGAGUAGCGGUGGCGCCGGGACCACCGACCACUCGUUGCCAUCGAUGGCCUGCAUCGGCAGCACGCUGGUAGCGCGCAUCGUGCAGAAGGUGACGCUUACCGGCGGCGACUGGGAGGUGCUCGGGCGCAACGUGUGGUACGAUCGGGCCCACCAGCUGGUGUACUUUAUGGGACUGCGCGAGACACCGCUCGAGAAGCACCUGUACGUGGUGAGCCUGGCGCAGCCGAACCAUCUGCGACUGCUCACCAUGCCCGGGUACUCGUUCACCGUGGAGUUUAACGAUGAUUGUACGCUGUUUCUGCAAACGUACUGUAACAUCUCGACCCUGCCGUCGUGGGAGCUGGUUCGAAUAGCGCACGACAGCAAUACGGCGAACGGAAACGGCUGUAGCCACGGGCCGUCGCUACCACCCACGCCGAUCGACGCGCUGCGGCUCAGCUCGGUGGGCUAUCUGACCGAGGGCGGGCCCUCGGAAAAUACUCAGUACAACCCCUCGAUCCACAGCCCGCAGAUCUCGUCCGGGGACGUGCUGUACGCGAUGGUGUUCAAACCGCACAACUUCAUGCUCGGCGUGAAGUACCCGACCGUGCUGAACGUGUACGGCGGGCCGGAGGUGCAGACGGUUAGCAAUACGUUUAAGGGAAUGCGUCAGCUAAGGAUGCACAUGCUUGCCUCACAGGGUUACUGUGUGAUAUGUGUGGAUUCGCGUGGCUCGCGCCAUCGGGGCGUUGAGUUCGAGUCGUACAUCCGGUGCCGGAUGGGUACUGUGGAGCUGUCGGAUCAGGUCGAGGUGUUGCGAAUACUGGCCGACCAGCUGGGCUACAUCGACAUGGACCGGGUGGCAAUCCACGGCUGGUCUUACGGUGGCUACCUAAGUCUGAUGGGGCUGGUGCAAUACCCGGAAAUAUUCAAAGUUUCCAUCGCGGGUGCACCGGUCACGAGCUGGGAGUACUACGACACCGGCUACACCGAACGCUACAUGGACCUGCCGGACAGCAACCGGUCCGGCUAUGCGGCCGGCUCGGUGCUCAACUACAUCCAGAAGUUUCCCGACGAGGACAAUCGGCUGCUCAUCAUCCACGGACUGAUCGACGAAAAUGUACACUUUCACCACACUUCCCAGCUGGUGAGCCGGCUCGUGCGGGCGAACAAACCGUACCAGCUGCAGGUGUACCCGAACGAGCGCCACUCGCUGCGCAACCUGGAGGCGAGCAAGCACUACGAGACGAAGCUGCUCUCGUUUCUGCAGAACCAUCUCUGAACCAGCGAGCCGAACAAAGCGAAACCACCAACCGGUCCGGGAGUGGGGUGCGGUAGGCGAUUGCGCCACCUCCUAUGCGCUUCCGGCUCAAGUCGCAGGGGCUGGACGAUCUGGAGAAGGCUACGGCACGGCAGUACCUGCAGCUGCUUCUUCGUACACUGCCACCAGCGCGAUCAACGCCCUUCGUCGUCUCUCUCAGUGUCGAUGGAAUCAAUUCCAGUGGCGAUCAACACCACCACCACCAUCACCAACACCACCACUACCACCUGCUCGUUGCGCUCGUGGAUGAUGAGCCUGAUGCGCAAGUUGCGUCUGUUCCGUGUUCACGCACUGUUCGAGCGGUGCUAGAGCCGAAUGGAAGCGCAUCGGCUGGAGCAGGAUCAGUGUUCGCUUUUGUUCGCUCACGGGGUAUAUACGCUUGUGGCAGUCGCCAACGUGGUUGGCGCAGUAAGUGUGCGCUCGUCAUUCUCUGAGCGGUUUGUGUGCUUCUAAUACGCACAGUCGUGCCACGAGUAAUUGCGGAAAAGUGGAAAGCAUUUGUGCAAGACUAAGAAACGAAUCCUCCGAUGCUCUAAUCCGGGCUUGUGCUAAAAUAACCUCCCCCUUUUCCUUCGGCCAGGGAUACAUUCGGCAAGCGGGUCUUUGGCGAGUGGGGUAAGCAAACACCCAGUACCCAAUCUAUUCGCCAACUAGAACAAACGAACAAAAAAAAAACAAAAUCAUGUGCUCACCAUGCUCGCCUACCGGCCUUACCGGUUUGCGGGCGCUGUUGGAUUUUAUGUGUAGUGCGUUUUUUUUUCUUCUUCUUUUGUUUAAUUUUAGUUGUGUUCCAUUUGUUCAUUCACGGUGUGUUUUGUGUGCAGUGCUGUAGGACAGGCCGUUAGUGCGAGCAGCUUGUUGUGUUUCGUUGCUGCAGAGCGAAUCAUAGUGCUAAGCGCGUGUAGAUAAGGGCGUGCGCGCGAGAGUGUCGUUGGAGCCGUGUUUUGUUUUCCCGAUUUUUACCCACAUUUGCGCGAUCGAAUGGGCAGUGUUCAGCGAAAGGAUCCCUUUAAGCUUACCAUAUAGGCAUAUUAAACGCUUACUCUGCAGAACGUUGUUAGGGUGGUACUGGAUCAGCCACACAUACACAUACACACCCUUACCCAUGAGAGGGAGAGAAAGAGAGAGAGAGAAAAAAGAGAGAGAGAGAAUCACACGGUUUUUAGUCAUUUAUGAGAAAUUAUGUACAGUGUGUUCUUUUUUUCUAUUCUGUUUGCGUUUGCGCUCGCUACACGGAGCUUCGGUUGAUGUUUGUGUUGUUACAGCUUUUAAUUUUUAAACAAAAAUAUAUACAUUAUACGUAGGAAAAGGAUUGCGAUAUGCAUAUAUUUUUCACUCCGAUAAAAAACAAACAAUUUGCGGUUGUGCAUAGAGCGUGUUGUUGUAUAUUGACCGGCGUGUUCCCUUUCGCCCCGAUGAGAUCACAGAUGAAAGAUGUUGACCGUUCGCUUCCUCUUCUUUGGUGCUUUCGGUGAGGAAAACUAAUGUAAUGUGCAGCUAAAACGGGUUAGCCGCUUUGGCAACUCAUUGCAAAACAAACACAAACACACACCAACAACAUAUUUGCGGCUUUCUAAUUGGAAAAUGGCAACGGUACGCUUAAACUCAUGCGCCGGUUAUGCCGGAAUCGUGUACAUCGCAAGGUGGCAGAAUGAUGUGUUCCGCGUGUAUAUGUGUUGCAGAUUGGAAAGUGAAUAAACUCUAGCAUGAAAAAUUCUAA